AAUUAUAACGGGUGGCACAAAAAAAACGGCGCCUCGUCCACUUGGAAUACUUCUUUCUCUGUCUCCCCCACCCGCUCCUUUCGUCCACUGCGUGCUCGGACAUGCUGCUCGAUAUGCAACAUUAUCCGCGAAGCCUUUCUCCGUAGAGAUCUCGUCGGAUGUUCCACGGGAUCUUGAUGAUCUCCAUAAAAUAUUAAAUCUCGACAAUCUGGUCGAUACGACGUUCCUCAUUACCACGGACUAUAAACUGUUUAUUGAAUUGAAUUUCGCAUCGGAGUACCGUUUAUAUUCAUUUCCUUCGACAAUAUAACCGUUAUAUGACAACAUAAAGAAUGGAUUAUUGAAAUUUGAAUAUUGUGUUAAAUAACGAGCUUGAAACAAUUGCAAAUAGUAAAACGAGAUGAAAAUUGAUCAUACGAUCGAUUACAAUCGAUUUGAUCUUCAAUUUGCAUGAAAAUUGAACGAGUUGCGAAUGGUGGGCAAUAUUGGUCUGAUGAUACGGCAACUCGAAAUUAUGAUCAGUCUUGAAUCAUUUUAAAUCAUUUUAUAUCAAAGAACUUUUGAAAAUGAUGAAAUACAGGUCGAAAAUUUCCUGUUAACUUUAAUGACAACUCAACUUAGGUAAUGUUGCAAUAACUGAUAAUAUAUUUUAUAAAAAAAUAUAUACACACUGCAAUAAAGUUUAAAGUAGCGGCAUCUAAACCAUGCUUGAGGAAGGUGUUAUAUUUCCUCAGCAGCGUUCAGAUGGCAGUAGAACAGCCUACGCAACCAGACUAUAAUUAUCAAAUAAAAUAAUAUAUAUAGAAAUAAGACAGAAUAUCAUAUUACUGAGAACAAACGAGUUUAAUAAACUAAAAGCGCUAUACUAAACUUGCUUUUAUACGUUCUUCAACCUUUUGCCACGCCGUGAUUUUUUCAAAAGGUACUACUCGCGCUAUCUAACGAAGAGCGGCAAAAUUCUUACCACUAGUAGUGUUAUGAUAUAAAAACAAUCAGUUGAAACAGUAGGAUGUUACUCAAAAAAAAUUUUUUUUACUCAAAACAUUUAAAAACUAAUAGAUAAAUAGGACAGCUGUUAAUUUAAUAUGUAAGUCGCAGUGUGACCUUUGAGGUUUAAAGUAACACGGGCAAAUUUUAACGUUUCUGUUUCAUAACGAUGGACGAACGUAUGCAAGCAAUAUCGUUCGCGAACAGCUACUUCGCUUUGGUCGAUGGUCUUGCUUCCGGUUUAGAAGAUCACUUAUCCGAGGACGUGGUCCUAGAUUGGUUUGGUAGAACGGUCAGAGGUAGAAGAAACGUAACCACCUUCAUAGAAGCGCAUAAAGUAAACUCUAGACAUAUAUUCUCUCAGAUAACACCAGUUGCUGGUAUCGGUUAUAAAAAGAAACAUUUCAAUCGAAAAAAGAUCCAUUCCUAUCACAAAUCAUUGAACAAAGAUGUCGAUUUGUACAAUGAUGCAAAUAAAAAAUCGAACGAUGAAAGGUUCUUGGAAGAAUCAGAAGUGUCUCCGAAAUGCAAAACUACGAAGGAUAUUAAUCAGAAUGAAAUCGACGCGAAGGUAGUCAGCGAAAUGGAUGACAUGUCUUACGAUCUGUGCGAGGGUGAUCUCAGUAAUCUUUUCAAACUCGAGAUCGCGUCAACCAACAUAGAAGAGAUCGAGCAAAGCAUUAAUAGGAUAAAAUUGGAAGAGGAAAUGGCACCAACCAUCAAAGCCGUCAAGAGAGAGUGUGGUCAAGGAGAUGGACCUGCUAUCGUUGAAACUAGCACGAUAAAAUACGUGGAGGCUGAUGGAGAGAUCGAAUUCUCUAGGAAAUUUUGGAAACGAGAUGCAUGGAACGCGUAUAUCACUGCUGCGUCCAACGUUCACACUUGGAGGCGACCAUGUAAAUUGCAAAUCGCGUAUACCACUUUAGUUGGACAGCCAGCCUUGGAAUCAUCUCGUAGAAGCAGAAAUACUGCAACACGCUUUGAACAGCCUAAAACUAGACUGCCUAGCUUAUUGGAAAUCAACGAGAUCAGUAACAGAUUGGUACCCAAUGGAGACCAUUUUGGUGGAUUCUUAAAGGAGAUUGAUUUCUACGAAGAUCGUAAGGAAUUUUUGAAAAAUCUGGGAACACAGAUGAUAUCUAAAGAUCCUGAUACACCACUGUUCGCUCCUCACUAUGUAGAGAACAAGCUUGUUUUCAGCAAACCAUGUGGUAAAAUCAGUGAUAAAAAUAGGGAGAGUAAGAAGAAGUUUAGCUUCAAUUAUCAGAUUCAUCUGAUCAUAUACGAAGGUACCAAUAAGUGCAGGAUGAAUCUUCUCCAUGAAUUUGAAAAAGCAAGAAUUUAGAAUUCAAUACUCCAAUACAGUUAUUAUUAUUUUUUUUUUAUUUAGGUAUUGUUUUGAAGAUUAUUUUAUGGGGAGAAAUUAUUGUUAGAAUAAUUUUUUUUUUUUGUUUAACAAUUUUUUUAUUGAAAAUCGUUCUGUGAUAUUUGAAGGUUUUACGUUUAUAGGGUACAGUGAUGAGGUAUUACAAGCCAAUUUAUUUUUUUUUCUUUGGUUUUGGUGUGGUAUGGUACAUUAAGAUGUACCAUAUUUAUUAGGUGAUCUCACGUUCACCAGAUAAUCGAGUUUGAACAACGAAAUUGCUCUUUUAUCUAAGUGAAUAAUGUAUUGCAGUAUUGUUUACUAGCAAUAAUUCGAAUAAUUUACUAAGUGCAGCUGGUACCUGCGCUAAUUGUAUGAUACUCGCUCUACGACGCAGUAUUUUUGUUUAAAUUUCAGUAUUGUACAAUGGUAUUCUGAAUUGUUAUAUUAUCGUGAGAAAAUCCAUUACAGUUUUCUUGGAGCUCGAAUAAACUGUGAUCAACAA